CCAAGCUUCUCCUUUCUAAGGGCAACUCUCUGAAAUGAUAGAAGUUUCUGAGAGGGUGUUGCCCUUAUCCCUUGUCUCAUUUCCUGUAUCCAUGAAGUGACAGAUCCAGGCCUUCUCCCACUCACACUGACUCUGGUAGGAAAUAGAGGCUCAUCCUGUGAAAGUUUUCUCUGAAGAAUCCAGCCGAUUGAUUCACCUACUAUGGAAAGGGGAAGGCCUUGGGGAGAUGUGUGUUUCUCAUGAAGAUGUGAUGCAGACAAGGAGAGCUUGAGAUGUACACUGAGGGUCAUGGAGCCCGUGGGGCUGAGGCUGUGAGAUGAAAUCAAUGUUUCCUGGUUCCCAGACUGGAGCUCAGUCCCUUGGCAGCUGCUGUAACCCCAGGGCUAGUGUACUCUGCCGAUUUGGGGGGGAGAUUGGGGUGGGGGAGUUCAUCAGGAGGGACCACGGGUUUUCACACCUCACUGGUGUAUGGGGAAUUCAGCUCUGGAGGCUAUGGACGCUGCAAAGCAGAACUAUGUUCAUGACUUCCUUUUUGUCUCACAGCUCUGCUUUCUCAAAGUGUGGGCCUUCUUCCAGAAAAGAGGCAAGAGGGGAAAGGAAGGAUGGCUUCUGUGCUCCUGGCAGCAGUGAGGUCCCAGGGCUUAUACGUUCUCAGCCAGAUGUGAUCUCCCAGCUGGAGAAAGGUGAAGUGCCUUGGAUGCCUGAGGGAGAAGUACCCAGAAGCCCUUGUCGAGAUUCUCUUAUUCUGAAUACUAGGCAUAAAACUACAGAAUCAAUUUUGAAGCAUGCAGUUUCUCUUGGAGAAACAUACAAGGAAAUACUCGCAAAGGAUAGAUCUUGUGAUGCUAUUCUGGGAGAUGACUGGGAAUGUGAUGUCAAGUUACAGAGGCAGAAGGAUAACCAGCAAAGAAAGUCUAAAAAAAUGACAGUUACCCAUGAAAGCAACGUAUUUGGGAAAAGCUUCAGUUUGGGUUCAUUACCUGUUCCACAGCAGAGAGCUGCCACAGGAAAAAGUCUCCAUGGGUAUGGAGGAAGCGCAAAGAUCUCCAAACAGCAUUCGAGCAUUCUCAAAUGUCAUAAAAUCUCUGGCAAGAAAUUUUCUAAGUCCAAUAAAUAUAGGACAUCCUUCAGUUACCAUUCAGAUCUUAUUCAGUAUCAUAGAAAACUUACUGGAGAAAAAACAUGUGAAUGUAGUGAGUGUGGAAAAUCUUUUAGCACCAGAUCGUCACUUAAAGGACACCUGAGGCUUCACACUGGAGAGAGACCCUUUGUGUGCAGUGAGUGUGGGAAAGCCUUCAUUCAGAGGGCCAAACUGAAUGUACAUAAGAGAAUUCAUACUGGUGAAAAACCCUUUGUUUGCCAUGAAUGUGGAAAAGCUUUCAGAUACACAUUAAGUCUUACUGAACAUAAGAGAAUUCACACAGGAGAGAAACCUUUUGAAUGUAAAGAAUGUGGGAAAGCCUUCAGGCAGAGCUCAGCACUUAGGAGGCAUCAGAUAAUCCAUACUGGGGAGAAACCCUUUGUGUGUAAUCUGUGUGGAAAAGCCUUCAUAGAGAGUGGAAAACUUACUGCACAUAAGAUAAUUCACACAAGUGAGAAGCACUUUGAAUGGAAAGAAUGUGGGCAGAGCUUUACCUACAUCUCAUCUCUUAGAGAUCAUUGUAGGUUUCAUACUGGAGAAAACCAUCAUGAAUGUAAUGAGUGUGGGAAAUCUUUCAGUAGAAGCACAUCACUUAAAGGCCACCAAAAAAUUCAUACAGGUGAGAAACCCUAUGUGUGUAAUGAGUGUGGGAAAGCUUUCAUAGAGAAAGUAAGACUUACUGAGCAUAAAAGAAUUCAUACUGGAGAGAGACCCUUUGUGUGCAAUGAGUGUGGGAAAGCCUUCAUUCAGAGGGCCAAACUGAAUGUACAUAAGAGAAUUCAUACUGGUGAAAAACCCUUUGUUUGCCAUGAAUGUGGAAAAGCUUUCAGAUACUCAAGAAGUUUUACUGAACAUAAGAGAAUUCACACAGGAGAGAAACCUUUUGAAUGUAAAGAAUGUGGGAAAGCCUUCAGGCAGAGCUCAGCACAUAGCAGGCAUCAGAUAAUCCAUAAUGGGGAGAAAUCCUUUGUGUGUAAUCUAUGUGGGAAAGCCUUCAUAGAGAGUGGAAAACUUACUGCACAUAAGAGAAUUCACUCAGGUGAGAAGCCCUUUGAAUGGAAAGAAUGUGGGAAGAGCUUUAGCUAUAUCUCAUCCCUUAGAAAUCAUUGUAGGUUUCAUACUGGAGAAAACCAUCAUGAAUGUAAUGAGUGUGGGAAAUCUUUCAGUAGAAGCACAUCACUUAAAGGCCACCAAAAAAUUCAUACAGGUGAGAAACCCUAUGUGUGUAAUGAGUGUGGGAAAGCUUUCAUAGAGAAAGUAAGACUUACUGAGCAUAAAAGAAUUCAUACUGGAGAGAGACCCUUUGUGUGCAAUGAGUGUGGGAAAGCCUUCAUUCAGAGGGCCAAACUGAAUGUACAUAAGAGAAUUCAUACUGGUGAAAAACCCUUUGUUUGCCAUGAAUGUGGAAAAGCUUUCAGAUACUCAAGAAGUUUUACUGAACAUAAGAGAAUUCACACAGGAGAGAAACCUUUUGAAUGUAAAGAAUGUGGGAAAGCCUUCAGGCAGAGCUCAGCACAUAGCAGGCAUCAGAUAAUCCAUAAUGGGGAGAAAUCCUUUGUGUGUAAUCUAUGUGGGAAAGCCUUCAUAGAGAGUGGAAAACUUACUGCACAUAAGAGAAUUCACUCAGGUGAGAAGCCCUUUGAAUGGAAAGAAUGUGGGAAGAGCUUUAGCUAUAUCUCAUCCCUUAGAAAUCAUUGUAGGUUUCAUACUGGAGAAAACCAUCAUGAAUGUAAUGAGUGUGGGAAAUCUUUCAGUAGAAGCACAUCACUUAAAGGCCACCAAAAAAUUCAUACAGGUGAGAGACCCUAUGUGUGUGAUGAGUGUGGGAAAGCUUUCAUAGAGAAAGUAAGACUUACUGAACAUAAAAGAAUUCAUACUGGAGAGAGACCUUUUGUGUGCAAUGAGUGUGGGAAAGCCUUCAUUCAGAGGGCCAAACUGAAUGUACAUAAGAGAAUUCAUACUGGUGAAAAACCCUUUGUUUGCCAUGAAUGUGGAAAAGCUUUCAGAUACUCAAGAAGUUUUACUGAACAUAAGAGAAUUCACACAGGAGAGAAACCUUUUGAAUGUAAAGAAUGUGGGAAAGCCUUCAGGCAGAGCUCAGCACUUAGGAGGCAUCAGAUAAUUCAUACUGGGGAGAAACCCUUUGUGUGUAAUCUGUGUGGGAAAGCCUUCAUAGAGAGUGGAAAACUUACUGCACAUAAGAGAAUUCACUCAGGUGAGAAGCCCUUUCACUGGAAUGAAUGUGGAAAGACCUUUAGCUACAUUUCAUCCCUUAGAGAUCAUUGUAGGUUUCUUACUGGAGAAAACCAUCAUGAAUGUAAUGAGUGUGGGAAAUCUUUCAGUACAAGCACAUCACUUAAAGGACACCAAAAAAUUCAUACAGGUGAGAAACCCUAUGUGUGUGAUGAGUGUGGGAAAGCCUUCAUCCAGAGGGCCAAACUGAAUGUACAUAAGAGAAUUCAUACUGGAGAAAAACCCUUUGUUUGCCAUGAGUGUGGAAAAGCUUUCAGAUACUCAAGAAGUCUUACUGAACAUAAGAGAAUUCACACAGGAGAGAAACCUUUUGAAUGUAAAGAAUGUGGGAAAGCCUUCAGGCAGAGCUCAGCACUUAGCAGGCAUCAGAUUAUCCAUACUGGGUAGAAAUCCUUUGUGUGUAACCUAUCUAGGAAAGCCUUCAUAGAGAGUGGAAAACUUACUGCACAAAAGAGAAUUCACACAGGUGAGAAGCCUUUUCAAUGUAAAGAAUGCGGGAAGACCUUUAGUUACAUCUCAUCCCUUAGAAAUCACUGUAGGUUUCAUACUGGAGAAAACUGACAUGAAUGUAAUGAGUGUGAGAAAUCUUUCAGUACAAGCACAUCACUUAAGGGCCACCAAAAAAUUCAUACAGGUGAGAAACCCUAUGUGUGUAAUGAGUGUGGGGACUCUUUCAUAAAGAAAGUAAAACUUACUGGACAUAAAAAUUCAUAAUGAAGAGAAACCCUUAGAAUGCAAUGAAUGUGGGAAAGCCUUCAGCCACAGCUCAUCCCUUAGAUAUCAUCAGAGACUUCAUACUGGAGAAAAGCAAUAUAAAUGCAAUGAGUGUGGGAA